ACUCCCUUUAAGAGACGUUUGCCGUGACACUUGCGUCUUUUUUUCUUUUCUCGAUCGCGCGUAAAUGGAUUUAGGCUGCAAUUAUCGAUCAGCUGUUCGAGGUAAACUUUAGGGUAUCGUAUUUAUUAAUAUAGCACGUAUUUGAACAAUUUACGUCGGCCGAGAUAGCCAAUGGGAGGGGGCAAGGAAAAAGGCUGUCUAUAAUAAAGUGUGAUGUAGCUAAAAAAGAGGUAGGAGAGGGAGACUGUUCGGCCGAACAUACAUUCCCUUUAAAUAUUAAGUGGGACAUAGCAGUGAGGGAGGUAUACAGAAGGGAGUGAAAAGGAGAAAUUGAAAAAAAAGGAGGAAGAAACAGAGAGGGAGGGAAAGAUAAAGGGGGGUGAAAAAAAAGAAAGAUGACACCUAUAUCGCCGAACACCCAAGGCGGGACGACGGGCUACCGCUGGGUGGAGGCGCUCUAGCCGAGGCCAGGACUGAACGCAACUCCGAGGCUUCGAUAAACACCCGCUUUGGCCUAUAGGAAAAAAUAAUUCUGAACAGCAAAAAAUAUGUAGUUAUUAAUUCAAUACACUGUUUUAAAAUAGUACUGUAUCUACCUUAGUACAACACGCACGGAGGAUACUUUUAACCACUAGUAAUCACAUCUUGCAUGGUAAUUGGGAGCAUUGAUAGCGUGCUAUUAGCGCAUAGCGAAGUAGUAGUUACUGCUGUGAUUACAGCUGCACAAAAAUACAUUUUCAACCCUUAGGUUGCUGUUAAAACAGCAAUUGUGAUUUAGCAUUUAAUCGCUUAAUUGGCUAUCGUGUUAGCCAGCUAACUACAUAACUAGCCUUUAAAAUACUAAAUGUGUUUACAGAAAUAUACGUGCAUAACUAAACUUACUGUAAUAUCUACGGUUUCGUAUUGAAUAACCUAAGAAUGACAGGUUCGCCAAAUAGGUAGCCAGCUAUAUUUUGUCCAGUGGAUGUUUGCAACUUAUUUUGCGUUUCAGCUCCCAAAUGAAAUGGCAUCCUGCCCUCUUUCUGUUAUAAUCUCAAGCGAUCGUAGACACUAGUGAUUUAAAUACACGUAAAGACUUAAUUUUGUUCUUCGUCGAGGUGCAAAAUGGAUGCUGCUUGGAGCAAUUUUCUAUUUCAGACUACGCCAACCCAAAGUCAAGUUGAAGCAACUCUCCAAUCCGAUCUCCUCCCAGGUCUUGCAGGCUCAACCCAAAACGCACCUACAGAGCACAUAGGGUUACCGCCUUCGACCGUCGACACCGCGGCCCUAAAUGAAGAGCCUUUACCGUUACCUGUGAAACAUGUGUCUCGGCCGGUUCGUGCCGCCCACAUCUGCUCCUUGUGCAACAAGCAGUUUAAAAACAGCUACAACCUGCGGCGUCACCAAUCAGUCCACACAGGAAUUCGUAUGAAGGACAGAGCAGCCAGGGACAGGGAGGAGGGCAUCAAAGGUGGAGCACCGACUACAGCGGAGGGCAGAGUGGAGAGGCAGCCAGUUCCCCUUUCCCUGCUGCACCUCUCUGUUCCGCUUCCACCCCCAGCUGCAUCGGUGGUUCACCCGCCCUCUCUCAGUAACCAGGAUGGCGAGGCGGUUGCCAUGUCGGUUAGCGUCGCCAACGUUGCCAUGGCGAGCCCCCCGCCUCCUGCUGCUGUGGUGGUGGCUGGAGCAGCGUUACAGCGCUCCGCAAAUGCCAGCCAGAAUCCAGUGCGCAAAAACCACGCGUGUGAAGCCUGUGGAAAGGCCUUCCGAGACGUCUACCACCUGAACCGGCAUCGACUGUCUCACUCAGACGAGAAGCCGUACUCCUGCCCCAUCUGUCAGCAGCGCUUCAAGAGGAAGGACCGCAUGAGCUACCAUGUGCGCUCACACCAGGGAGGGGUGGAGAAGCCCUAUGUCUGUCCCCACUGCGCCAAAGGCUUCUCACGGCCUGACCAUCUCAACAGCCAUGUUAGGCAAGUUCACUCUACAGAGAGACCUUUUAAGUGUGAGACAUGCGAGUCUGCAUUUGCCACACGGGAUCGGCUGCGAGCUCACAUGAUCCGGCAUGAGGAGAAAGUGCCAUGUCACAUCUGUGGCAAGCUGCUGUCUGCAGCUUACAUCAGCGAUCACAUGAGGGUCCACAACCAGUCACAGCACCACUCCUGUCACCUGUGCAAUCGCAGUUUCACCACUCUUACCUACUUGCGCAUCCAUGCCCAGAAGCAUCACGGCCAGGAGUGGAAGGAGAGUGGGGGCCAGAGGGGUGUAUUUGGGGGCACGGGGCCCGGAGGUGUGCUUGUGUGCCAGCUCUGCGGGGUGCACUGCAAGACGCCCAUCCAGCUGCAAGGCCACAUGGGGACUCACAAUAACGUGCAGAGCGGCAACAGCCCCGCCACCACCACCAGCUCCACCGCCUCCUCCAGCAUCUCGGCCGCCGUCUCCCUGGGCAGCGUGGUGUCCGCCUCCAGCGUGUUCGUCAGCGCCAACUCCGACGUGGGACUGCUCGUUUCGGACUGUUCCGGCAUAGCAGCCCAGUCCCACAGCUAGCGGGGGGGUGAAGUGAUGCAGAGAGGAGAGCCAAAAUGAGAAGCGGGGGUCACUAGAGCAUGUCAGGGAGGGGGGGUAUCUUUUUCUUUCUCGUAUUUCUGUGUUGCUGUAUCUGGUCGCCUCAUUGUGCUGUUACUGUUUGUACCAUCUGUAAAUGUCCUUCUGCCGGCACGCGGAGUGCAGCCACCUGCUUUCUCUUAUAUUUGGCUAUAGUACAAUGUCCAGUCUGAGUUUCUAAAAGCGUUCUGUCUUUAGUUUGUUGCCGUCAUUUGAUCCUGAUGCUCCCUUGAUUUUUGUGGACGUGUGUAAAGAUGAGUAGUCAGCUGUGGGCACUGCUGCCCCCCCCCCCUCCAGCAAAGUGUGAGGAAAAGGGUAACUGGGGGCUUACGAAAUGUCGCUCACUUGGGCAGGUUAAUCACUCUGUUGGCCGAAACCACCGUUCCAUUGGACGAUACAAUAAUGACAGUAUUAGGAUGUUGUUUGUCGGAAUGGGGCUUGUUCUCAUAGGAGAGGUAUUCAUACAGUUUUCUUGAGCAAAAUAGGAAUCUGUAGUUUAUGGAGAUUUCACAGCAUAAUUCCUUUUUGCUUGCAGCUAAGGAAUUCCAGGAAAAAAAAUUAACUAUAAUUCUAAUACAUUUUUAUGUAUUAAAUUUUUAGUGACUAGAACAUUAAUAAAGUGUUUUACUGCUGUAACCUGGAACAAUGCUUUGGCUAAUCACACCUACCCAAAAUAUUAAAUUUUACUGUAUUAUUUGUGUGUUUGUGUUGAUAAUAUACAAUUCGUAUAUAUAAAUAAUACAAGAAGGUCAGAAGUAUGAGGUACUUAUAUAGUAUGUUGAGUUGUAUAUGCCUUAAUGUGUCAUAUAUGACAUCAUUAUUGAUAUAUUUGGUGGAAAAAUGAUUGAUGAUUAUUGACGCACUCAAUCAUCCUGCUGGAAUUGACUGAAGUGCCUCUCCUUUAGGGACUUGUCCUCUGACAACAAAUCUUAAUGCCUUACUGUACAUUACUGCAUAUACAAUAUUUUACUCUGAACAAUUUUACAUUGUAGUUACAGGUUGAGAAAAAUAGCAAGAUACAUAUAUAUUUAUAUUUGUAUAUUUCUUAGUAUCAUGCUUCUAUGAACUUAGAUUAAAAAUGAACUGUUUAGUGUUUCUUAUAAUCGUAAUUAUGGAUGUUAUUUUGUCAUUUUUACAAUGUUUAAUUAGUAAAGGUCUAAAAUUUUUGUGCAUACCCUUUGACGUUUGAGCAUGACUGUGAAGUGUGACCUAUACUGUUCGUCUGUGCAGAGGCUUGUACACCACCGCCCCUACGCCUGUAAUGCUGUUGUAAAAUAAUUCUCCCGUCACUGUACAUACACAUGAGUAGCAUCAAUAAUAAUGCCAUUUACUUACACUAA